ACUCCUCAGUAGAGAUUGGGAAAGGCAGCAGAAGAGAAGCCAAACGUUCAAGCUGAUAAUUCAACAGAACUUUUCUCUGAAUUGAGGGCUCAGAGUGGAGCCAUCAUGAGCGAUGUUACCAUUGUGAAAGAAGGCUGGGUUCAGAAGAGGGGAGAAUAUAUCAAAAAUUGGCGGCCAAGAUACUUCCUGUUGAAGACAGAUGGUUCUUUCAUAGGGUAUAAGGAGAAGCCCCAAGAUGUGGAUCUACCAUAUCCCCUCAACAACUUUUCUGUAGCAAAAUGCCAGCUAAUGAAAACAGAGCGACCGAAGCCAAAUACAUUUAUUAUUAGAUGUCUUCAGUGGACAACUGUCAUAGAGAGGACAUUUCAUGUAGACACUCCAGAGGAACGGGAAGAAUGGACAGAAGCCAUCCAAGCUGUAGCAGACAGGCUUCAGAGGCAAGAAGAGGAGAGAAUGAACUGUAGUCCAACAUCACAGAUAGACAAUAUAGGAGAGGAGGAGAUGGAUGCUUCCACAACUCAUCAUAAAAGAAAGACAAUGAAUGAUUUUGACUAUUUAAAACUACUGGGGAAAGGCACUUUUGGCAAAGUUAUUUUGGUCCGAGAGAAGGCAAGUGGAAAAUAUUAUGCGAUGAAGAUUUUGAAAAAAGAAGUUAUUAUUGCAAAGGAUGAAGUGGCUCACACUCUUACAGAAAGCAGAGUAUUAAAAAACACUAGACACCCUUUUUUAACGUCUUUGAAAUAUUCCUUCCAGACAAAGGAUCGUUUGUGUUUUGUGAUGGAGUAUGUUAAUGGGGGAGAGCUGUUUUUCCAUUUGUCGAGAGAGCGGGUGUUCUCUGAGGACCGCACACGCUUCUAUGGUGCAGAAAUUGUCUCUGCUUUGGACUAUCUGCAUUCCGGGAAGAUUGUGUACCGUGAUCUCAAGUUAGAAAAUCUAAUGUUGGAUAAAGAUGGCCACAUAAAAAUUACAGAUUUUGGACUUUGCAAAGAAGGAAUCACAGAUGCAGCUACUAUGAAAACAUUCUGUGGUACACCAGAAUACCUAGCUCCUGAGGUAUUAGAAGACAAUGACUAUGGUCGUGCAGUGGACUGGUGGGGCCUGGGAGUUGUCAUGUAUGAAAUGAUGUGUGGGAGAUUACCAUUCUACAACCAGGAUCAUGAGAAACUGUUUGAACUAAUACUAAUGGAGGACAUAAAAUUCCCUCGAACUCUCUCGUCAGAUGCAAAGUCAUUACUUUCAGGUCUCCUGAUAAAAGAUCCAAAUAAACGCCUUGGUGGAGGCCCAGAUGAUGCAAAAGAAAUUAUGCGGCACAGUUUCUUUGUUGGAGUAAACUGGCAAGAUGUAUAUGAUAAAAAGGUGGUGCCGAAGCUCCAUGUGCCGGUUCCUCAUUUCUUGACAAGAAUUCUACAGAAGCCGCUUGUACCUCCUUUUAAACCUCAAGUGACAUCUGAGACAGACACCAGAUAUUUUGAUGAAGAAUUUACAGCUCAGACAAUUACAAUUACUCCACCUGAAAAAUAUGAUGAAGAUGGUAUGGACUGCAUGGACAAUGAGAGGCGACCACAUUUCCCCCAGUUUUCCUACUCUGCAAGUGGACGAGAAUAAUUUUUUUUAUUUUUUUUUUGUUCUGCUCCACUGUCAUCUUAGGUUUAUCACUGAAAACGAUUCCUGAACAUCACCACCAGUACUAGCCAUGAAGAUUGCAGGGCACUUUCAGAGGUCAUUCAAAAUUGAAAAGUUCCCUCCCUCUCCAACAGGCCUUUUUGUUUUUUGCAUGAAAUUUUGUAUCAGUUUGAGGUCUCCUCCCAUUGCUGCUCCCACUGUCUCAGUAUAAUAGCAACGUCAAGAAGUAAUUUUGAAAUCUUUUGAAGUCAGACGACUUACAUCCUCCAUUGUAUACAGUGGGGGCUAAAAGAAACAUGUUGGUUCCUAAUGCAUUUUCUCAUUUCUUCUAGAAGACAAAUCAGAAUUGUAAUUAGUCUAAAAAGACGAGUUUAUAAUGUUUUCUUGCAGCUGUUUGUGCUGGUCAGAACAAAGAAAGAUAGGGGGUGGUGAUGUAAAUAUGCAAGGUUUUUGUUAGGCAUAUCAUUACUUGAAGCAGGUCUAUGUCAUUAACAUCUGGCUGGAAUGCGUUUGGGAAACAUUUGAGAGAAGAACUUGUAACUGUUCAUAUAUAUAAAUAUAUAUAUAUAUUAUUUUUUAAUUACUGUUGGAUGCUACAGAAGAAGCAGAAGGGCUGGGCUCACCCAGCCUGCCACUUAGACUUCCAGAUUCAUGUGCAAUCAUGGAGAAUUGAACAUUCUACAUGCAAGAAACGAAGGCAUAAAAGCAGCAUUUGAAGUUGUUUAAAGGUCUUAUAAUUUGCACCAGAUAACAUCUUUCUCAUGCUUUUCUCUGUCUUUCUUGAUAUACAUCACCUCAGAUGGCUGAAGAAUGUAGACAGGCAUAAUGGUAUUGCUUUUCACCAAAAUUUGUGCACCAAGGUAAACAGGUGUUUGCCAUAUUUGUUUUUAUUUUGAGUUUGUGAAUUAGCUUUUCUCCAGGUGUUUAACUCUGAAUAUAUAUAUUUUUUGUUAUACCGCGGUAGUAUUUAUUUUUAGUGAUAAGGAUUGUAUGUGUCAUAUUUGCAAAUGCUGCUACAUCUUAGAACAGGCUUAUAGCAGUUUAUUUUGUAAUAUAUGGAAGGACUGUACAAGCUGAAGAGAAUAACGCACUUUUUCUCCCAUGUGGAAAUUUUAACAAGGCUCUGAAAUUGUACAUAUUACUUAGAAUUGGGCUUUUGUGGAUGAAAUACUGUCAUAUAAUUCUUCGGUGCUGUAGAUGAGGACAUUCCAACUCUAUGUGCCAAGAGGUCAAAAAUGCUAUGUCUGUGCUCCACUAAAGUAAUAUAAAAUCCUGGCAGCACAACAGAAAUUUUUGGUUUUAUAUGGAGAAAAUACAAACAAUUGAGACCACAAUGAUUGCAAGAAAAGCACUUUAUUAUAAUUCUGUAAACAGUAGAUUGAUGGGAACAUUUGCCCUGAACCAAGUAGGUAAUGAAACCCAGCAUGUGCAGUAUGAGUAUGAUAACUGACUGACUGAAUUUAAACCAUCAUGGUAAACACCACACUGAAAGGAAAAUGACUUUUCAUUUCUGAAGAUCUGUAUUUAGCAGGAUGUGUACAAACCUUAGCUUCGGUCUUCAUAAAGGAUCAUUUUAAUAAUAAACCUUUUGGUGCUAGGAGUUGGGAUAUUCCAAAGUUGCCAGGAAGUGCAGUAAGGGUGAGUAUGUGCCCUUGCUAAUGACAUCAGAAAACCCUGGGAUUAUUAUUGAAGUACCUUGUUAGCUCCCAUGUAGAAUGUGAUAUCACAAAGUAUUAUUGAUAGAAUUGUAUCACUUGGUAAACGACUUUUGAAAGAAGAAAUGUUCAUAUGCAGAUGCCUUAUCCUCUUGCUGUUUAAAGUUUAGAUAUCUUAGCAUGAAGAUCACUGCUGGCAGUGGAUGUGCUGAGGUGGUCAAGGGGUAGAUGGGCAUUUUAGCAAGGCAGCUAAGACAGACUCAUUCAGAUAAUUUUUCAUGUUUCUACCUAAGCAAAGUUUUACCUUUAAUAAUCAACAGAUAAGAGGUGUAUCUUUUUGUGUAUGCACUAACCCAGGGGUAGGCAACCUAUGGCACAAGUGCCAAAGGCGGCACACGAGCUGAUUUUCAGUGGCACUCUCACUGCCUGGGUCCUGGCCACCGGUCUGGGGAGCUCAGCAUUU